AUGAGCAACCACACAACAGUGACUGAAUUUAUUCUCCUGGGAUUCAGGGAUCAUCCAGAGCUACAGUGCCUUCUUUUUCUGGUGUUUCUAGUUGUCUAUAUGAUCACUGUGCUUGGCAAUCUUGGCAUGAUCCUAUUAAUCAAGACUGACCCACGUCUCCACACUCCAAUGUACUUUUUCCUCAGUAACUUGUCCCUUGUUGACUUUUGUUAUUCUUCUGUUGUUAGCCCUAAGAUGCUAGUGAAUUUGUGGGUGGAGAACCCAGUCAUUUCAUUUAAUGAAUGUGCCUCACAAUUCUUCUUUUUUGGUUCCUUUGCUGGCAUUGAGGGCUUCCUGUUGGCCGUGAUGGCCUAUGACCGUUACGUGGCCAUUUGCAAGCCUCUCCUUUACACAGUCACUAUGUCCCCCCAUCUUAACGUCCUCCUGGUGUUGGCCACAUACCUUGCAGGCUUUAUGAAUGCUGCCAUUCACACUGGCUUCACCUUCCAACUGUCUUUCUGCCACUCAAAUGUCAUCAACCACUUUUUCUGUGACACUCCACCCCUCCUGAAACUCUCUUGUUCUGAUACACAUGUCAAUGAGAUUGUCAUUUUUGCUUUUGCCAGUUUUAAUGAGCUGAGCUGCCUUGUGAUUAUUGUAAUUUCUUAUCUCUACGUCCUCAUUGCCAUCUUGAGGAUCCAUUCUGCUGAGGGGAGGCGCAAAGCCUUUUCCACCUGUGCUUCCCACUUGAUGGUGGUCACCAUCUUCUUUGGCACAAUCCUGUUCAUGUAUCUGCGCCCCAGCUCCAGCUACUCAAUGGACCAAGACAAAGUGGUAUCUGUGUUUUAUACAGUGGUCAUCCAAAUGUUGAAUCCUCUCAUCUACAGUCUGAGAAACAAGGAGGUCAAAGCUUCCUUAGGUAAAAUUUUUAAUGCAAUCUCUUUUUACUUUUGUACUUAG